AUGUUUACCAGGCAAUCCCUCGUGGCCCUCAUCGGGGGUCUAUCUCUCGCCGCCGCUCAGACAUCUUCGGAGCCCUACCCCUCAUUAGAAGAAAUUAGAGCUGCCCAGGCGACGGUUCUGCCCCAUUCUCCCGUUUCUAAUGUCAAGGGUCUUGCAUUCAACCGUUUUGUCAACAUUUGGCUGGAAAACACGGACUUUGAGUCUGCCGCAAAUGAUCCUCAUCUCUCCAAGCUUGCCGAGAAGGGUCUUCUUCUCACAAACUACUGGGCAGUCACACAUCCUUCGGAGCCCAACUACUGCGCUUCUGCCGGAGGUGACACCUUUGGCAUGGACAGUGGUGACUUUAAUCAAGUGCCUGCCAAUGUGUCCUCCAUUGCUGAUAUGUUCGAUGUGAAAAAUAUUGCCUGGGGCGAGUACCAGGAGCACCUACCUUAUCCAGGCUACCAGGGGAAAAACUUUUCCAAUCAAGAGACGGGUGCCAAUGACUACGUCCGAAAGCAUAACCCCAUGGUCUUGUACGACUCGGUGACUAAGGACGCUACUCGCCUACGUCAGAUCAAGAAUUUCACCACGUUCUAUGAUGACCUGAAGAAUGAACGUUUACCUCAAUACAGCUUUGUCACCCCAAACAUGACCAAUGACGCCCAUGACACCAAUAUCACCUUUUCUGGCUCUUGGACUUGGGGUUUUCUUUCCGAGCUUCUGGAAAAUGAGUACUUCACCAAGGAUACGCUUAUUCUCCUGACCUUCGACGAGAGUGAUACCUAUGAGAUUGAAAACAGGAUCUACAGUUUCUUCCUUGGAGGUGCUGUUCCAGAGAACCUUCGGGGCAAGCAGGAUGACACUUUCUACACUCACUACUCCAUCAUUGCCUCCCUUUCGGCCAACUGGGGUCUCCCAUCGCUGGGUCGCUGGGAUUGCGGAGCCAACCUGCUCAGCUGGCUGGCUGAGAAGACCGGAUACGUCAACUGGGAGGUUGAGACCGGCAAUUUACUGCAGAACGAGACAUACCCAGGUCCGCUAUCAUCUGGAGAAUACAGCACUUUCGAUCCGGAGUGGCCUGUCCCAUUGACCAAGGGAAGCUGCUCUGCUGGCCAUGGCAUAUUGCCCAUUGUCCAGCAGACGUGGAAGGAUCUUCCUGCCACCUAUAACUACACCAGCCCUAUCCCGUAUGACUCUGUCAGCGGGAACAAUGUCGGUGUUAAGUAUAGCAGGAAGCUGAAGAACGGAAAGACCGAGUCUGGUAUCACUGAUCAACAAGCUGUACCGGACCAGCCGGGAAGUCCAUGCACAGUACGAACACAGCGUGACUCGUCGGGGUCACCGAGUUCACCAGCCGGAUCGGCGGUGUCCCCAUCCGCGCUUUUGAACGGCUUCGAGGCUGCGGAGGCAUUCUCACCACCGAUGGAUGAACAAGCUCUUCUAGUUCCAAUGGGCUAUUCUCAUGCUACUCCGCGAAGCUCCAUCUCGGGGCCGGACUCGCCCACAUCGAUGAGCGUUGGGAACUUUAUGCCCCGCAGCCUAUCCAUGCUUCCGGGCUAUAGCCCUGAAUCCUUUCAGCUGCUGAGCCAUUAUCUCGCAACAACGGCCGAUGUCAUGGCCAACGGCUCGACUCCCGUCAACCCUUUUCUGGUUCAGAUCGUUCCGCUGGCAUUCAGCAGUGACCUGCUUCUGCAACUCGUUCUCACACAGAGUGCGGCACACCGGGCGUUUCGGUGCCGCAACGACGCCGACGAGGUAGCUCAGAGUCAUUACACCAAAGCUUUGCAGCUUUUUCGGAAAGGGGUUACCGAGUUUAUCGAUGGCAAAGAGUCCAACCCGCUAAUGCUGACGGUUGGGGCUCUUGUGAUGUGUUUCACCGAGACAGCCAAGGGAGACAUGAACGGGACAAUCUUUGAUCAUCUAUCAGCCGCAAAUUCACUGCUAACACGACUCCUGUCUCUGAGUGACGCCGCCGUGCCGAAGGACCUAAAAGACUUUGUUAUUGAAUAUUACACAUACACCGCCGCCGUGAGCAUGAUCUCCAUCGAUGCGCGGGUCAGCCAUCAGCUGCUUCUCAACUUCGACUUGGAACAGAAAGCUCGUCAGCUCCUUGAGUCGGAGUAUGUGGGAAAUCUCUGCGGCUGCUGGCUAGAGUUACUGCUCAUGAUCCCGUGCAUCUUUGAUCUGGGCCGCCAGUGGAUGAUGCUCGACGGCCAACCGACCAUGCCAACAGCCGAUGACAUUGCCAUGUUUGGGUCCUUGCAGUCCCAGAUCAUGCGAUGGAAUCCAUUUUCCUUCGUCACUCCUGAGGUCUUUUUGGCCGGUCGGGUCUUUCAACAGGCCAUGUUACUCUAUCUAUACACCUGUCUGGGGUCGUUCUCCCGAACAGAGGAUGGCAUGCAUCAGGGUUUGAUCAACACGGCGAUUACGGAGGCAAUGUCUUAUCUGAACCAGCUAUCGGCGACUGCUCGCAUUAACUCUGGUCUCUGCUGGCCGAUCGCGGUGGUCGGAUCCUGCUUAUAUGACAUAGAACAGCAGGACCAACUACGACAACGGCUGACUACAAUGGUAAGCACAUUCGGUCUUGGAAACAUGCAACGGACUCUUCUACUGCUGGAAAACAUGUGGCAAAUGCCUCUUGACGAGGCAGGCCCGUGGAAUAUUUGCCGGGCAAUGCAGCAACAUCAAAUCUGGAUCUCGUUCGCAUGA